AUGCUUGUCGACUUCAAUCACUGGAUUAUUCUUGCCAUCAUUGCAUUAUGCACCUUCUUUUGGUUUUUCUAUGCGCCUGUUAAAGUCGCUCAUAAAUCUGCAUCGGUCUCUGGUCCCAACAAAAAGUAUCGACAAACCCACCGGAUCCGUGGCAUACCCCUGGAAUGGGACGCUGAACGCUUGAAGGAAUUCCUGGUGACUCAAAAAGUCCUCCAAGACGCCGUCGUCUGCUCCCUAGCAAUUGAGCUCCAAGGUACUUCCCGAUCAGCAACAACAUUCCUGGGGAAAGUCACGGCGUUCACACAUAUCCCUCUUCCAAGCUCAGCAACGGUGAUAAACAGGCCUGCUACACUCAGCUUCGACCAAGAGUUCUUGGGUAUAACCACCAUCUCCUCUCCCAAUGAAGAAGAUCACAAGCUUGAUGUCAUCGCAAUUCCGGGUCUGGGCGGUCAUGCAUUUGGUUCCUUCAGAGAGCGAGACGGGGAACAUAUGUGGCUUCGAGACGACUUACCAUAUGAUCUUACAUCGCCAUCUAAUGAGCGAUCCAUGGCGCGAAUCAUGACAUAUGGGUACAAGUCAGUUGUAGCAGAAAGUGACAGCAUCCAGAACAUCGAGGACAUAGCAACGCAGUUGGUUGCCAGCCUACGCUCUCUUGACCAGGGCCCUAAGACAAAGCCGAUUAUAUUCAUAGCUCACAGUCUUGGGGGCAUAGUAGUCAAACAGUCUCUGGUAAACUUAGCCAAGUCGACACUUCCUGAAGACAGCGGGCUUCUACAAGCUGUUUAUGGGAUCGCAUUCUUCGGUGUUCCGCAUUUGGGGAUGGACAUUAGCUCCCUGAUUAGCAUGGCAGGAGACGCGCCCUCGAGAGCCCUUGUAGAGUCUCUCAGCAGAGAUAACUCGCAGGUACUAGGUUACCUACAGCGGGAGUUUGUCAAUGUACUUGGACCGGAAGGCAAGUCGGAGGUUGUAUCUUUUUAUGAAGAUAAAAUGUCCCCCACGGCUAUUCAAGACAGCACAGGGAGAUGGAAGAUGGAUGAACCGUUAGCGCUGUUGGUCAGCAAGGCAUCAGCGACUCACUGUCGUCCGUGGGAGAACAGCCCCGAGCAUAUCUGUGCUAUUAGUCGGCCACACUCAGGGCUAGUCAAGUACGCAGAGAAUGACCACGAGUACGACAAGGUGCGCAUUGCUCUGCGCGGUUUAGCCCGAAGAGCAGUAAAGGGCCACCGCAAGAAGCUCUCUGUAGAUACACACUUUAUCGUUCCGUAUAUAAAGAAUAACGAGUUUAUUGGACGCAAGGACAUCCUGCAGCAGCUUCAGUAUCAGCAUGGAUUCGACAAGCGCUCGACUCCCUUCAAAGCCGGCCAUAAAGCGUACCUCUACGGACUGGGUGGAGUUGGCAAGACCCAGAUUGCGUUAGCCUAUGCACAUUCAUUGCAGGACUCAAACCCGGACAUAUCUGUCUAUUGGGUCAAUGCAAGUAAUGCCGAACAAUUCCACCGAUCCUUCCUUGAAAUCGCCCAAAGGUGUCAGGUGCCCGACCACGAUAAGCCCGAGACAGAUAUUCUAGCAACAGUACAGCGCUGGCUUCUAAACGAAUACAAACAGCCUUGGCUCAUGAUUGUCGAUAACGCAGAUGACACGACUAUGUUCUUUAAAUCAUCCCAGUCGAACAAUUCCAGUCAGUCAACAACUACCAAGAAGCAGGGUUUUGCCAGCUAUCUUCCCAGCACAGCGAACAGCGUAAUUAUUAUCACAACACGAAACAAGAAGCUUGGGGAGCGGUUCACACGAAGUAGAGGCCAUUGCGAGAUCAAGGUUGACGAGAUGCAGGACGAUGAGGCAGAAGCACUUCUGCGGACGAGGUUACCUGAGCAGGAUUACAAACCUGGUGAAUUAUUCGCUCUCGCUUCGAGGUUAGAGAAGCUUCCGUUGGCCCUCGUACAGGCAGCCGCCUUUAUGAAAGCACAAAGCAUGUCCACAUCGCGAUACCUCGAGCAGCUCAAAAAAGGAGAUAGACACUUGAUGAUUGAGACACAGCACACUUUCGCUGGAGAGUUAUUAUCCCUGAUGGGCUUUCUCGGUCGAGUGGAUAUACCGGAGAAAUUUCUACUUGACUAUCAACGUCUCAAAACUGGUCAGCCAGAUGAUGAAGACAGUUCCGAGGCCGAUAUCGCGUUUGAGUGCGCACUAGGUACUCUCAAGGCAUUUUCUCUUGUCGCAGAGACCAUGACAGGGAAUCUUAGUAUGCAUCGACUGUGGAAGCUGGGCAAGUACGAAGAAGGGAAGGAACUCGCAGUACCCCUGAUUGAGACAAUGCAGAGGGCCCUCGGUGACGAGCACCGUCUCACUCUUAAUGCCAUGAACACUUUGGCAUUGAUAUACCAGAACGAACACAACUUGGAGGAGUCUCAACACCUUUUUGAGCGGGUGUUACAGACGCAGAGGAAACUGUAUGGAGAUGAAGACUGUGAAACGCUUGCCGCCGGUAACAACCUAGCAACAGUAUACAGAGAGCGAAAGCUGACAGAUGAGGCCCAAACUCUUCAUUUAUCUGUCGUUGCAGGAAGAGAAAGGGUUCUAGGACUGCAGCAUCCCGAGACAUUGGUUAGCAUGAACAACCUAGCGUCUUGCUACUAUGAUAAGCAGCAGUUGGAUAAGAGCGAGGAGAUCUUAGUCAAAGUACGCGGGAUACAGGAAGACCUUUUGGGUAAGGAGCAUCCCGACACGUUGAGGACUACGAGUAACAUAGCAACACUGUGGUACAAAGCUGGGCGGCUCCAAGAAGCAAUAGAACUGAUGGAGAAGUGUGUUGAAGGUCGUCGGUUGGCACUGGGACAUAACCAUAGUAUGACUCUUGAGGCGGAAAAGAAAAUUAGGUCAUGGAAGGAUGAACUCUCGAAUAGUUCUUAG